AUGAGCGACUCCUCGAUGAGCUAUGAACCGGAGGACGAAGAGGAGGAACACGGCCAAAACGCCAACAAACAACUCAGGCGUUUGAAAGAUUCCGAAGUACCCUUAACCCCAAAUCGGAAUUUCCAAUCCAACUCUGGUUCUGUUGAUGAUGGCAUUCCUAACCCGGCCCCCAAGCAAGGAGCAAGGCGACGUGUAAAGCCUCGACACCUUGCCUUACGAGCGGCUGCAAGGCUGCCAGUCGAUAAAUACUUGGAGCUUUACAAGGAAUCGUUAAACAAUGUGCUUGUAGGACCUGAUUGUGAUGGUGCGCCACAGCUUUUCCGUUCGCAGUAUGGAAUCAUCCAAUGGACAUCUCAAGAAAAGGCCGCCUUUUUUAUGGCGCUUUCCAAGAAGGGCAAAGACGCGGUUCCGGAGAUUGCAGCCUCUAUCGGUACGAAAAGCCAAAUGGAAGUGCGACAUUAUUUAGACCUGCUACAGCGCAACUUUGAGCUCCGCAAUGUCGCAGAAGAGCAGGUUCAUAACAUCAUCCUAUCAGAUAUUCCCGCUGCAUGCGAGAUCAGCAAUGAAUGUUGUAUCGCUCUAGAAAGUGUUGCCAAGGCAUUGUGCCUACGAGACGAACAGACUCACAAUGUUGCCGGAAAACGAAAGCAUGGAGAUUUCUGGCUUGUGGACCGUGAAAUUGCUACGUUUGUCGAAGAAGACCAAGAGUCCGAAGCGGAAGCGGAACCGGAAGAAGCAGAGCCCGAUCCAAUACUGGAACCAGAGCCAGCGCCAGAGCUAGGAUCUCUCCCAGACACAGAACCUCCAACCGGGGAGGAUUCUAGCAAGAACGACAGCAGUGUUAGGACGCAUGGCAUAUUCGCUACAGCAAAGCUACUAAAGUUGUCCAAUUGGAUCCACCUAUCUGAACACUUCUUUAUGAAUUUUGGACGAGAAAGGUUCGAAGAUAAUUGGAAUCAAUUGUGUUUCCAGGACGAAACGCCCGCACUUACCUGUGACGCAUUCUCUGACUUUUACACUCUAGCCAUAAGCAUUACUCGUCGGGUUAUACAGUCCUCUAUAUUUUUUGCUUUGUCUAGGAUUCGGGCGGUUGAGCGUUCUCACGUUAACCCCAAAAGAUUAGUGAAAAAGGAAGAUGUUUCAGCCGCGUUGGACGUUCUCGGAAUGGCGCACGAUGCAAAAGCGUUCUGGGCAGGUGUAGCUCGACGUUGCGCACUCGACGUCCGCCAUCCGAAGAGUGGCGAAAAGUACAAAACCGUUUUAUUGGACUACGAUGAGGUUGAGCGGUUGUUAGGUGCACAACUGGACGAGAACCCGCGCCAUAUCAAGCUUGAAUCCCCGUCUGCGAGCACAACCACAGAGCCGACUGAAGAUUCCGACUUUGAUUCGAAUACCAGCACGUACUCUCCCACCCAAGACAACAUGGGUAAUGAUGAAGAUCUCUCUGACCCGGAAGAAUUGUAUGCCAACGUUAUGGACCGCGAAGCUAGCCGCAAGGAGGAAUCCGCUUUGUGGGCGCAAAUCAACAAACCCGUUCCUCUAUCAGGUAUGAAUAUCAAAUUAGAACCCAAUGAAGAGGAGCAAAACAGGCCGACUACAAAACGGAAAUCGCCUCAGGAGCUUGUCAAUUGGCGGGACCGGCUGUUAUAUCAAUCGGAGUGGGAAACGCUUGGCCAGGAAAUCAACGGCGGGCAAAGGAAGCGUCGAAAGUUUGGCCCAGCGUUCUCGACAGAUACAUAA